AUGUCGAACCUUUCCGUUCCCGACCCGGAGUAUCCACUCGAUCAUAUUUGCUCCGUCAUAUGGGACAACACUCUUUACACUUUUUCGGCCGGUGCCUUCCAGGCCCUGCCACUGGAACCAGGAGCGAAAUGGCGGCGUCUUGAAGCCGGCCAGGCGGUAGAUGGGGGAGUGUGUGUCGGCACAACACCUGAGGACCCAAGCCGGGCGGCAUUAUGGAUUAUUGGGGGACAAGCAAGCACACCCGACUACCCCGGCCUCCAAAAGUACACGUAUUCUACAGGGACUUGGGAGAUCAUUCACACUCAACCAGUGGCACGAGACCGCAGGUGGCACGGCGCAGUCUAUCUCCCCGCGACCGAUAAAAUAGUCACUUCAUCGACCUUCACCAUCGAUGCCUCUGAACCAUACGAAGUCCGGGCACACGACUCAAUUGCGCCCGCUGUGACGAAUCCCAUUCUGCUUCGCUGCCAAAAUACCGCCGUCAUGCUCUUCACGCAACCUCUCGGCAAGGAUAUCUCAGCGGUAAAAGCCGUUCUUGUCGAAGGAGAUGAUGGAUCGAAAAAUCUGAUGACCUUUGACAUGAGCGAAGUUCCGAACAAAGUCGAUCGAAUGGUAUUGGCCGGUGCAGGCGGUGCGCCCGUGGGUAUCUCCACCUCCCGCGCCUCCCCCAAGUUGUUGGGAAGAGACUUGACCUUGGAGGAUUGGCCGCAGUAUAACGACACGAACGUCCCAGAGGUUGCUCUGGUUCUCGCCGGUGGGAAUCCUGAAAGUCCUCUCACAAUAUUUGACAUCCGGAACAAUGCCUGGGAAGAUGCCGGUUUAUUUCUGGCAUCAGAACAACAAGUCCUUUCUCUCGGCUCCAGCUCUGCUUCGGCAUCCUCCACUAGCACCAGUACCCAGGCAAGCUCCAGCGCGAGCGCGAGCAGCUCUGUUUCCUUGGUUCUAUCGUCCAUCUCAUCUUCAGCAACGAGACUCGCUUCGACUGUUCCCUCCAGCGCAGUCCCCGCUUCGGCCACAGCUUCCGCCUCCGAGACUCCCGUGGUUGCAGUAGGAGGUUCUUCGAGGAGCAGCUUGGAUUCGAAUGCCAUUUUGGGGAUCGUGCUUGGCUCUAUAACUGGAUUCAUUCUCUUGCUCGGUCUCAUUCUCUGCUUGAUUCGACGAAAGGCAAUGCAACGACAUAACCCGCCUCAUGGCAAUCUGGACAGGUCAGCGAGCAAUGCCGGAUCGGAAAUGAUGGCGGAGUCCGACUUUGAGAAGCAGCUGGUCAUGACCACGAACAAGAGCCGCUUCCGUGGACAUCAGCCUGCUGGGUCCCAAAGCUCUUUCUCAUCAAUGGCCAUCCUGAUGGGGCAGCUGAACCAGCAGAAGCCGGGGCAAAAACAGGAGCGCAGCCAGGCACCCCGGCGUAGCUCAACCAGUAGCUCCUUCAACAAGGGAAUCAAAGGUAAAAUCAGCCACCCGAUUCCCCAGAUGCGCGACGAAGCGGCCCUCAAGACGGAGGGCCAAACAGCAACACGAAAUGAGAAGAGUGUUGCCUCUGCAGCGCACGUCGCCGGUGGCCAGCCUCGUCCUGUGCCGCCACCUGGAGUGGCCCAAGACGAUGGAACACGGCGUAGCUCAGGCUGGAACCGAUACUGGUCCGGCGGCAGCGCCCUCAACAUCCUAGGCUACGGCAACCAGAAGCGGACGACCGUCGGGUCGGAUGCUUCCCAUUACUCCAACACCCACCAUCGCGUCACCCAGGAUUCGGCGACUGUCCCGCCACUCAACCUCAGUAUGGAAGGUCGACCGCAGAUCAACCGCGUCAUGUCCGGAAGCCCAACCAUCUCCAACUACAACAACGCCAACUGGCGACACGAGGAGAUGUCCGGCAAGAUCGAGCGGCCCGUGUCGGCGGCCUCCUCGGGAUACUCCAGUGGUGUGCCGGAGAGCGUCCGUGACACGUACGAUCCCCUCACGGACAAGAAGCCGUGGGGUUCUGAGCGAGCACCGAGCAGCGCUUAUAGCGAAACGUUCUAUCACCCGACCUCGCUCGCACCAAGCACACGUCAGCCGCAGCCGCCUCCUGUGCUGAAUGAUGCCUCCAGGAGGCCGCACAUGACAACACCGUCGACCUCGUCUGAUAUGAGCUGGCUGAAACUCGGCGAUGACAACAAUACCGGCUACGCCAACAGCAGGGUCCGGAUUUGA